UGUCACAAUAUUACGCAGCGUGUGUUUGGUGGGUAAUGUUUGUGUUUGUGUGUACACGUUGAAGUCAUGGCAGCCAAGAUGGAGCUCGCACCUCUCAGACCGUGGGAUGAUUUCUACCCCGGAACGGACCGCUUCGCCAAACCUGAGUUCGGGGAUUUGACGAAGUGGAACAACAGAGUGAUCAGUAAUUUACUGUACUACCAGACCAAUUAUUUCGCCUUGGCUGUGGUGGUGUUCAUCAUUGUGGGGUUCAUGAACCCAUUCGGCAUGUUUCUAGGAGGGCUGGUGGUGACGUUGGUCUUCAUGGGUUCGGUGUGGGCAGGAGAGAACAAAACUAUGGUCAAGAACUUUAAAAAGAAGAACCCCACUCUGUUUGUCCUUGGCGUCAUGGUCACCAGCUACUUUCUGCUGUCACUGUGUGGUGGCGUCAUGGUCUUCAUCUUUGGAAUCACGUUCCCUUUGUUGUUGAUCCUAAUCCAUGCCUCGCUGAGACUGCGUAACAUGAAGAACAGACUGGAGAACAAGAUCGAGGGUGUUGGCUUGAAGAAGACCCCCAUGGGUGUCAUCAUGGACCUCCUGGAUCAGCAGGAAGAGAGAAUGAACAAGAUUCAGGAUUUCAUUGAGAGCAAACUGAAGGAAUGAAGAUCCAGCCAAAGGUGUGCCAAGGGAAGUCAGUGUCAUAGAGUAUGGAUUCAAGCUUCCACAGCAACAUCCCAAAUGUCAAAUUCGUAUCCCUUAUGUACAUGAAAAGUUACUGAUGUUACCAUUCCUGUACUUUUGAUCCAUUUAGGUUAACUUCUUUAUGCUUUAGUGUUUGUUUUCACAGUCUGGGGAGGGAUAAUAUAUCAUUAUUUUAAGAUGUGCACAAUCACAGUGUGGAUUAGAAAGUCAAAGGGAACUAAAGCUACCAAAGGUUUGAGCAUUCCUGUGUGAAAUAAUGUUCCAAAAACAAAUGAAUUACCCUCUUAUCAAAGCACUUUGACCCACAUUUCAAUCGUCUCUAUAUUUUGGCUAAAUAAAAGCAGAAUGUCUGAAGGCAAUAUUAAAUGCAGUAAUGAGAUAUCUAUUGCAAUGUUCUGAAAAAGAGUUAAAAAAAUCCUUCAGUUUGCUACCUCAAAACAAGCAUGCUCGAUUAUGUUCUCACUGUUGAAACCACAACAACACAACACAGCUGAACAGCCAGUUAGCUGCUUAUUAAAUAGCAAUAACUCCCAUCUCGUCACUCCAGGAGCUGUGGGAAAAAUAGUCUGAGGGCAUUUAACCUUUUGUGGAGACAUUGUUACAUGGCCGACUAAUAUAACUGGAAUUUAAAUGUUCCUAUACUUACAAAAAAAAAAUGUGCAUACAGCUCCUUGCAGUACAGGCCGGCCUGAGUGUAUCCCUUUUAAUCACAGCUAUGCAAUACAGAAAAAUGAAUGGCAAGAGCAGCUUUAUUGUUUGAGUAUUAUGUCAUAGUAUGUAUAUGCGUGUUGUUGUUUUUGAUGUGUUUUUAUUUAAAAAUAAACAGCAUGCAGAGAUGUAUUAAAUAUCUGCAGGACGCAAAGGUGAUACAUUUGGCAAUGAGACCAAACUAUGAAUAAAAGACUUACCUUUAAUUUCUCAUUGUUACCUCUUCAUUGAUAAAAACUAGACUAGGGACACAUGUAUGCUAUUUUGGGAUCAAAUCCCUUUCAGUAAAAUCAGUGUCGAGUGUUCACUUUAAAGUGCUCAUCGUUACAGUAAAGCAGCUGUGUCCUGUUGCUUUCCACACCGGCUCAAUGACUGCAGUUUGCACGUUACCUUCGCAAAUGGCAGUUCAGUAAGGUUGUGUUAUCUGGAUGCUAUAUAAUAUAUCAUCUAUGUUUUAUGUGACUUUCUUCUUAUGAAGUGAUGAUUACACAGAACUUGAAGUUGCAUAUAUAAAAUAAAGAAAACCUGAUACACAC